UCAUCCAGCCCCAGGACAGCCAAGGCAGAAAAAGCAGAGAGGCAGAAGGCAGACAAAGCAGAGAGGCAGAAGGCAGACAAAGCAGAGAGGCAGAAGGCAGACAAAGCAGAGAGGCAGAAGGCAGACAAAGCAGAGAGGCAGAAGGCAGACAAAGCAGAGAGGCAGAAGGCAGAGAGGCAGAAGGCAGACAAAGCAGAGAGGCAGAAGGCAGACAAAGCAGAGAGGCAGAAGGCAGAGAGGCAGAAGGCAGACAAAGCAGAGAGGCAGAAGGCAGACAAAGCAGAGAGGCAGAAGGCAGACAAAGCAGAGAGGCAGAAGGCAGACAAAGCAGAGAGGCAGAAGGCAGACAAAGCAGAGAGGCAGAAGGCAGACAAAGCAGAGAGGCAGAAGGCAGACAAAGCAGAGAGGCAGAAGGCAGACAAAGCAGAGAGGCAGAAGGCAGACAAAGCAGAGAGGCAGAAGGCAGACACGAGUCCCAAAAGGAAACUAGAUCGGUGUGGAGUUAUCAAGUCAGUGGGUUAUAACUACUGA